CGGCACGCGGCAGUUGGUCGAGCGUGUUAUUUAUUAGAACCUCGCGCGCUUGUGGCUCUCCCUUCAGCCUCCGCUAUCUGGUCGAAGACCGCGAUAGUGUUCGGAUGAAUCAAACCUGAGGUGAAACUGUGUUAGUUUUUCGUCGCGUUUUGAUUUUUCUCAACUUAAAUAGUAAUUGAUUGAUAAAUACAUGUAGUGAGACGGAAUGACAUCUGGAUUUUAAUCGUUGGAAGACUCGCAUAGAUCAACUGAAGAUGGCUACCAUCGUGGAAAACCUGACAGAUGGAGGCUCGAAGAAGGACAGAAUUCGACUGGCCAAAGAAAGAAGAGAGGAGAAAAAUAAGAGCCAAGCUGUGCGGGAGCAAGCUCUCUUGGAGAAGGAGCAGCGUGCACAGCAGCAGUAUGAACGCUCGCUGAUGGAGCGAGGGAGGCGUCUGGAGGAGCAGCGACAAAAGGAGAUGCUCCGCCGUUCCGCCGUGGAGGAGAAAAGGAAGCAAUGCAUGGAGGAGGAAAAGGAGCGACUGGAGGCCCUGAUGCGACGUUCUAUCGAGCGAAACCUGCAGGCGGACCAGAGGCCCAAACGCUGGACCUGGGGCGGACCUCCAGGAUUCUGCGAGGGUGAUCCUAAGAUUGCCCCGCCCUCUCCUGCUUCAGCCUCCUUAACCAAUGACCCCGCUGCUCACCCUCCUGCCAGCAAAUCUAGGAACGUCCAAGAUUUUAUGAUUCCGCCCGAGUCCCCAGACUCUGUCCUGAGCAGGCAUCUCUCCUCCUCCUCCGCUACUUUACCCAAUGUGUCAGAGAAAGCCUCCUCCAGCCCUCACAGGUCUCCUUACAGGGCUUCACCCAGUAGAGCCGAGCGGAAGAAGGUUAGCACAUCGUUCUCCGGACAGCUGGACGAAUCAAAAGCAGCCACAAUCCCGAAAAGCCCUCAGAUUGAGAAACCUGAAAAGAGCAUCGCUCAAAUUUUAGCUGACUCAUCUACAAAAAAACCUGAGUCUCCAACAACACCGACCCGAAGUUCUUCUACAAACAAGAACCCCAGCACACCGAAAAGAUCCAAGUCCUGUAAGAGCCGCAUCCAGUCCCCAGCCUCCCCGGGUCAAUACCCCCCUUCCCCGAUGAGGCAUAGAGCCAUAACGCCAAGUUUAGAAAACAAGAGGUGGGAGGGAGAGGAGAAAGGGUCCAUGGAGAUUAAAGGCUGCAGCACUCUAGAUAGAAAGACCUCCAAAGCAGAAAAAAUCUCAAAAUCUACUAGCAAGGAAUUUGGACAUAAUGCAGAGUCUCCAGUAACUCCCACUGGGAAAGCAGGUACCAAUGAUGCAGAGGAGGCCUCCAGGCUGCUGGCGGAAAGACGACGCUUGGCAAGAGUACAGAAGGAGCAGGAAGAAAAGCAACGCCUAGAAGAUGAAAGGCUCAGGGCUGAGGAGCUCCAGAGGCAGCAGGAAGAGGAGAGACAGCGGCAGGAACAGGCAGCUCGAGAGGCAGAGGAGAAAAGACAGAGACAGGAAGAAGAGCGCUGUCAAAGAGAACUGGAAGACAGGCAACAAAAGGAACAACGCUGGAAGGAGCUCCAGGAUGAUCUGGAGAGACAGAGGGAGGAAGCAGUGCAGCGCGUUCAUAGAGAGGCUGAACGGAAGAGACAGGAGCGAGAGCUUCUGAAAAUUCAAGAGGAGCAGGAGAGACUUCAAAGGAAGAAGCGCAUUGAGGAGAUUAUGAAAAGGACAAGGAAACCGGAUGGGGAAAAGAAAGAAGAGGUGCAGAUGGAAGUCCCAUCUUCAAUUUCUGUUUCCCAGUCCAUCUCACCGUCUGCUUUGGAAACUGAAGGUAACACAGCAAUUAUUAGUCCACCAAAGGUCAAAUCUGAGUCUCCAAUCAUAUGUCUUGAGCCACUGGAAGCAAAGAGUUGUGGGGUAGAUGAUCUCUCAGAUGGGGUUCAGUCCAUGGAUGUCAGUCCAGUGUCCAGAGACGAUCUCGUUUCAGAAUAUUCCCCCAUCAGCGAGAUCUCACAGAACAGCAUGACUUCUGUGGCUUUGGGCGAUAUCCACGUUCUGACAGGACAGGUGUCGCAUCCCAAAGUGUCUGCUGCUCCAGCUUUUGGUGACUGCAACAAGAACCUGAUCCAGGAUUGCAGUAGCGCUGCUAUUGACUCGUCGCUUUUCCAGAGUCUUAGACCCACCUCAGACAAGCUCAACAUCUAAUGCAAAGACACUAUUGAAGCAUGGGGCUGGAGUGAACUAAUGAAUUGGAGUUGAGCUGAAAGAUGAGACCAGCCCUCUGUGCCUCAGCAGCUUCCUGUAUAUCUUCUAAACAGAAGAACAAUGACUUAACGUCAAAUAAUGUGUUAAUAGCAAAGAAGGGGCAACCUGACAGUUGAUUCCCCCACACAUCAAAUAAGAUUCACCUGAUCCUCAUGUAUAUUUCACACCAUUUCAGCUUAGUAUCACCAAACAACGCAGCUGUAUUAGCGCAGUCCUAGUGGUCUUCUUAUUCUUGUUAUACACCUGUAGCAUUGAAGAGUGAUACAUCGUGACAAUUGUAGCAGCUCCAUUGUGUAAUUUGUUUUAUUUUGGAUUGCAUAAAUGACCAGCAAACCGAGCAGUUAUGUGCUGCUUCUGCUAAGUGUGCUGUACUGUAUGGCUGGGGUUUGCAAACAGUAUAUUGUGUAAAUCCAUGACUUCUCCGCAUCGUCUCUGCAAUCCAAGCUUUGUAGUCUGAAAGUGGAUAUGAUUAGAUGUAAAGUGUGAUAUUAUUCCACCAUAACACUGUUAAACUGGCAUUAAUGUAUUAUUAGUCAACAGCAGUUAGACGUUAUGGGGACAUAUACAGAAAAAACGUGUACUUCUAAUGCAAUUUAUUGUGUAAAAGUUUAAAAAGGGAAUUAAAAGUGCACAGUUUCAUUGUGGUAAAUAGCAUAGUGCGUUUAAUUCUUCAUAGACGUUUUCUGUAUUGUUUUGUUAUAUGACAUCAUUGCACACAGCUCUAUGCAGAUCAAGAAAACCAAGCAACCAAGAGCAACACAAAUCAAACUAAUUCAGCAACCCUACAGCAGUGACAAAAAAGAUCUGUACUUCCUGAGUAUGUUGCUUAAAAUACUCUGUUUACCAUCUUGUAUACUCAGGUUGCUAGUGAGCUUUGCAUGUGAGUUCAGUUCUUUUGAUGUUUGGCGGUGAUGUCAUGAUGCUGUAGUGUAAAACUUCAGAUGCGUUGGAUUGCUUCAGGACCAAUGAGAAACAAAUUUCUUGAAAGAUGGAAGUUUCUAUCUAUCUGUCUAUCUAUCUAUCUGUCUGAACUUGGGAUGUUGAUUACAUUUUUGAUUAUACAGAGAGUGAUGGGUUAAUAUUGUAAUUCAGCACUUCAAAAUGACAUUUGAGAAAAGGUGCAUGAAUCCGCUGCUUAGAAGUUGCUGAACCUUGAGAUAAUGACAUUACAAUAAAACAUGUAUCACAUCGUGA